CCCCCACAGCUGAUGAUGGCGGAUGUUGUGGAAAAAGACACGAUGAAGAAUUACCACAUCGCGUCCGAGAAGGUUAACCCGGAGGCCGGCCGCUUCCCGUACUGCGUCGUGUGGACGCCCAUCCCCGUGUUGUCAUGGCUGUUUCCAUUCAUUGGUCACAUGGGAAUCUGCACUUCCACUGGAGUCAUCCGAGACUUUGCCGGACCGUACUUCGUCUCAGAAGACAACAUGGCUUUUGGAAAACCAACAAAAUACUGGAUCCUUGACGUUAGCAAAGUCUACGCUAGUGGCUCCAACGCCUGGGACACGGCGGUGCACGAUGCGUCGGAGGAGUAUAAGCACAGGAUGCACAACCUCUGCUGUGACAACUGCCACUCACAUGUCGCCAUGGCCCUGAAUCUGAUGAGGUAUGAAAACAGCACCUCAUGGAACAUGGUCAAGCUGUGCCUCCUCGCUUUGAUCCAUGGAAAGCACGUCAGCUGCGCCGGCUUCCUGAAGACCUGGCUGCCUUUCCUGAUGCUGAUGGGCGUCAUCCUCACCGUGGCGCUGGCCCUCAACCUCCGGUGACCUGGGAGGCAGGGUCAGGGACACAGUGGAACCCUCCUGCAGGUCGGAUGCAGGGAUUGACCCUUGUAAAGCAACAAGGGUGGAGGAGGAGGAGGGGGGGGGGACACGUAACGGAGGAGAUAAAAGACUACUCACCUCCGAGAGAACGUUGAACCGCAGCGUCCCCCAGCAUGUGUAACACCGACACGUUUGGUCUGUGGAGAGGAGGCCGCCUGCGACUCGCAUUUCUUCGGCGGUGAAGCUGGAAUUCAUUAAAAAUCAAUUAUUUUUGAGAGAAGUGACUGAACGCCCCCCCCCCCACACACCACCACCAACACAACAACUACCAGGACCACACAAACACACUUAAUGGAUGAUGAUUAUUGAGAGUCAAGCUGCUGCCACCCGCAAAUUGUCUCGCUACAUUUGUAGGUGAACAAAAGUUGCGUACAGAGUUGAAUUCUCUGACGGCGGAAAACAUCCAUGCCUUGCUUUCGGAUUUUGACGAUCUUACUCUGUAAUGGAUGUUUGUUUGUGUGCUUCCAGGAGGCCAUUUUUGUAUACCAGGGAGUACAUGGCCAACAUGUUAAAUCAAUUAGAUGCCUCUCUAGGGAAUAUAAUGCAUUUUAUGCUUGAUCUAACGCAGCUCUUCUACAACACUGCAACUUCCACAUGCCAGAGUGGUUUGUACGUCCGUGUGUUUUCUUACUUGUAUCCAGACUAACUCCUCGAGACACCAGAAAGUCUGUCUUCUAUAAAAGAAAUAUUUUCUCAGAUGACUUGUUGUACGUGCAUUACACGUGUCACCUCGUGGUACGAACACGAUGGGUUUUUACGACAAGCUUUUUCAUACUCGCAACUACAGAUCAGUGCAAUGAUUGUAGCGACUUCGAUGAAUGGGUCUGUGGGCAAAUACCCAGAGAUUAGCGAAGCUCCUUUUUUGGUUUUCUACAUUUGUGCCAAAACGUAUGAGCAGGAGACCAAUUCAAACUGUCCUUGAAUGUGUCACUUGUUACCGAGUGAAACCGCUCAUUAAUGACACCGAAGUUAUUGAAUGAAAAGCCUGUUGGUGAGUUAUGAAACCUUGUGUAAAUCUUUUUGUUUAGCCUUAGAGAAGUUUGGUUCUUUGUCUCUGAAGUUUGACUUCACGUGAAGAAGCAGUGCCUAACAAAUGACGUGUCUCACACAUCCAGUUUUUGAUGCUUUAAAAAAAACACACGGUAUAUUCGCAUCAUGGUUGGCACACAAAAUCCGUUGCCAUGGCUGCUCCUCGAUUAGAUUCAAAUCCCUCAUUGUUUGCAAUCAAACAGGAAGAAAAAAAGUGUUGAGCCCUCUCUUUGUCCACCACGCUGCCAGAAGCAGCAGGUAGCCAGGAUCCUCAGGUUUUUCACGCUGGCCGACCCCCGCUGAAUAGCCCCCAACUUUCUCCCGGCGACUGACCAGCGUCGCUCCUGCUGUUUCCCACCUCUGCAGAUCAGAUUCGAAGGUCACUGUGAAAUGUCAGCUCCGUUUCACGAAAGCUUUGAUAUACACCGGCCAACACCCUGCAGCAAUCCGGCGCCCCAAAGUGGGAACCUCUAAAUUAAAGUCAGUUUUAUUUUGUGUGGCAAGGGGCUAACGCUAGACUGUUCUCCUCAGUGAGUGUCUGUGGAAAGCAGAGAUUCUUUUACCCAUGUUGCCUGUAAAUAUUUGAACACAUCAUACUGUACACCAGGUGCUCUUUGUAUACUUUGCUAACUUGAUCGCUCAGUCUACAGAUUUCUCCUCUGAAUCAUUUACAGCGUCAUUUUUGAUCUCUUUACUUCUGCAUAUCAUCUUUGCCCUGCAGUGAAGCAGAUUUGAGGGUGCGUGUGUGCGUGCCUUAGUCGUGACUGCAUGCCAGCAUGUGCGUAUUGCAUGCAUGCAGGAACAGGGAACGUUUGAGGAGUAGAGAAGUUCAUGUUUGACUCAUACUGUGGAUUAAUAAUCAGCUGCUUUUCAUUGCAGCCAACUGCCCAGUGCUUGAUUUCUAUACUUAUUACUCUGCGUCUUUCUCUUUAUCUACUUUGAGCUUAAAUGCAAAAGCUGCAGUAGCAGGAAUAAAUAAUACACGAGACUUUAACAGGCCUUUGUGUAAGUUAAUGUUGAUGCCAUAGCCUCUAACAUGCAGCUCCAGAUUGUGCAUAUGAGACUUUUUCUUUUCUCAAAGCAUUAAAUCUAUGAAACAGAAUCUGGCCUCAAUUUGAAAAGUGGAAAUUGUCCAUUUUAAAAACACUAUCAUGGUUUCCAACUUUAUGCAGUACAGUCUUGAAUAUUCAUAUUUUAAAUUAUUUAAAAAUUGGAAGCAGACUGGCAGCAUUCGAAACAACAGAAAAUUGAAGAUCCCUUUUGAUUCUCUGUGAUGGCAGAAACUUUAAGGGGGAGGGGGCAUAACUGUGUCCUUGAAUAUGUUGCUUGUUCUGCAGUGAAACGGCUCAUUCAUGACUUUCGGAGCUAUGAAAGGUAAUGAAUGAAUGGCUCUUUGAGAUCAGCUGAUGGAACUCAACAACAUUGUCAUUUUACUGCGCCGUUUAUUUAAACUUCUGCGUGUAUUUGCGGAAGCGAGAUACGCAACAUCGUGCAGAUGAACACAAGAAGGCAACAUUCACAGGGGCUACGUCUGAGUGGUUUUAAGACGUGGCCCGCUCCGGGUGCCCUGUUGUAUCCAGGGGCCAGGUCCAGGAAUGUGGAGACAUGUGGUCCCAACAAUUCAGGCCCCUGACAAAAGACAGUCGGGACGCUAUUAUUAGUGCCAGCAUCCAAAUAAACUCAUAUUAAUCUGCAAUUUCCAAACCCUCCUUUUGUUUCUGUAAUCCACCUGAGAAUCUUCUGUGCUGCAGAUCAUAUAGUCCCCACUGGGACCUUCUUAAGACUCAACUGCAAGCAAUUGUGUGAAUUCUGAAUGUGUUUUUAGGACUUACAGCUAUAACACCAAUAAAAGAUGUCUAUUAUUGUA